AUGGAUUAUCUGAGCGGAGAUUCAGUUGAUAUCCAUGGAUAUUCCAACAAUAUCCUACUCUCUUUCCGCGAAAGUGUUGACCUUUUGGAUGGCAUUCCCAGGCAGUAUUCAGAACCUCCUCCUAACAGGGUGCAGGCGUUGGCGAAUGGAUUCGACGGAUCGCCCGGAAUGAAUAAUAAUGGAGAACAAUGA